AUGGACGCUGGCAGUCUCGCGCACAUGUCUCACGCUCCCUUCAAUCAGGCCCACGGCCUGGCUAUGACUUCCGGCCUGGCGUCUCGUCGCGGAGGCCAGAAUAUCAAACCGCUUUCGUUCGAGGCCCUAAAGUCGCCCACCGACCGAGACAACAGCCUGCCGACGCCCCGCACCAGCCGGUCCCAUCUGCUGGCCGGUCUUCGCACUGCUCCGAAAUCGGCUACGGCGACGAGCUUCCCGAACCUCCCGUCGCCGACGACGGUGAAUCCCCAAGCUCGCAAUCGCAACUCGAUCGCCCCCGGCAUGUACGACUCCGCUAGCCUGUACAAUGGCCCCAAGACGUCGAUGCCACGUUUUGCCACCCCGCAGCAAGCCCAAUCCCAGGCGUACAAUCCGAUGGCGGCAAUGAACCAGCAGUACACGGCCGAGCAGGUUCUGGCACCCCCGCAGCUGCAGCUGGACGAAGCGCGGGAUCAGAUUGAUCCCAAUUUCCACGCCCAGCUCCUGUACACCAACGCCUACUUGUCGGAGCAGCAGCAACGCCUGCAGCAGCAGCUGAGAGCACUCCAGGCCGCUGCCCAGCAGUUCCAGGGCUUGAGCCUCAAUGGCCAGGCACAGAUGAUGCAGCAGGGGUACGCGGGCGUGUAUCAGCAGCAGCUUCAGAACGCUCAGGCCAUGAUGACUCCGGCAACGCCCCAGACCGGUGUCUAUGCAGUUUACGAUCGAAUUACAGGCCAGCAGACUUUGUACAUGGACCAGAGCCAGGUGCAGGCCCAGCUGAAUGCACAGCUUCAUGCGCAGCUCAAUGCGCAGCUUGCCAACCAAGCUCAGCUGGCGAACGCCUACGCGAACAUGCAGCAACCCGCCGUUGGCACUCCUCGCCUCCAAGUCUCUCCGGCGCCCUCGGCUCCGAACGCGACCGGCUUCCGCAUGCCGUCGCCCCCGCGCCGCUACGACUCUCCAACAGAGCCGCACACUCCUUUGCCGCCGCCGAGCGCCAACGCCUUCCGCCGGGGACAUAAGAAGUCUCCCUCGGUUUCCAACGGUUCCAAGAAUCAGUUGUCGAUUGAGAUGAACGAGGAGCCGCUCAAGUCUGCUGGACCCAAGACGGCUUCAUUCCCCCUCAGCUCCAUGACUGCCGGAUAUGGUCCGGGCCAGGCGCGGGCCGGCGAGCACCCUGUUCGGCAACCGCGAAACCCGCCGUCUUUGGACGAGCUCAAGUCGAAGCCGACAGCCAAAUACGAGGGAAGCAAGAACUUUGUUACCCGCACCCGGCGGUCUGCCAUCAACAAUCUUGUGCGGGCCGGCCUUGAGAGGCGCAAGGAGGCACGGAGUUCUGGCAGCAGUAGCCCUGUUUCCGAGAGCAGCGCUGAGCUUAUCGAGACACCUAUGACGGACAAUGACAGCGAUUCCGGCCGUAGCGGGUCGGGCAGUCUGAUCGAUCGUGACGAGUGCAGCCUGCCCAGCUCUAGGACGAGCACGGGCAGCUGGGGUGCCAUUGGGUCCGAUCGUCCGAGCUCCCGCCAAAAGGCCCACCGCUCCAGCGUCGAUAGCAUCCCUUCGGAUUCCGAGAACGCGCCGGAGCCGGGCAGCUUCGCCAGCCUCCUCAAGAACAGCAACCGGACCGUGGCUGUCACCGAGGGCAAUGCCCAACGCAAGGCCCCGAGGCUCGUUCUCACCAGCGCCGAGAAGCGCAAGCUCGCUGCCUAG